GUUGCCACUCCAGAGGGCAGGUUUAAAGAUUCUCCCAUACCUGGACGAUUGGCUGAUCUGUGCUCCAUCACACGGUCAGGUUGUACAAGACACAGAGAAAGUCCUCUCCCAUGUCAAAUCUUUCGGCUUCAAGGUGAACUUGAAGAAGAGCAAUCUCGAGCCAAGGCAGGUGACGGUCUUCUUGGGGCUUUGUCUGAAUUCGGUCACAAUGAAGGCAUCCCUUACCCCCCAGAGGGUGGCGAGUAUUCUGGCAGUUUUGCGCACCUUUUGCCCAGGCAAACGUCUGGAGUUCGUUCAGUUUCAGAGACUGCUGGGAUUGAUAUCGGCAGUCAGUGGCGGUGAUUCCACUGGGGUUGCUCAAGGCCCGCGCUCUACAGCGGUGGCUGAAUGCGUUCAACCUCCACCCACAGAGGGACAGGCAUGUGAAGCUCAGAGUAACUCAGGCAUGUCAGCAGGCUUUGCGCCCGUGGCGGGACUGCAAGAUGCUUGUACAGGGGGUCCCCUUGGGCAGUCUGCCUUCAAGGAGGGCGCUAGUGUCCACCGAUGCCUCCAGAACAGGCUAGGGAGCAGUCUGGGAGGGCAGAAGUGUGAGAGGUGUCUGGGGACCCCCGUGGGACACCGAACACAUCAAUGUGCUAGAGCUGAGAGCAGUGUAUCUGGCUCUCAAGGCAUUUCUCCCAUUCAUUCGUGGCAGGCAUGUUCUUGUGAGGUCGGACAACUCCUCCACAGUGUACCAUAUCAACCAUCAGGGGGGCACAAGGUCUCUGCAGAGUCUCAAGGUUGCACAGCGGCUCCUGUUUUGGGCCUUUCCACGUCUGGCAUCACUCAGGGCUGUAUAUGUGCCAGGGGUGCACAAUCAGGCAGCAGAUCUCUCCAGGUCUGGCCCUCUCCCAGGGAAGUGGAGGUUGCACCCGCAGGUGGUGGCAAGCUUGUGGCCUCGUUUCAGCAGGGCCCUAGUGGACCUAUUUGCGUCCAGGGAGACAACCCAUUGUCAGUGGUGGUUUUCUAUGAGACACCCAGUCGGCCCUUUGGGCCUGGAUGCACUAUCUCACGAGUGGCCGGAAGGGUUGCUAUACGCUUUUUCCCCACUACCAUUAAUUCCCCAUGUGCUGGACAGGAUAGCCCAGGGGCAAUACAAGGUUCUGUUGGUGGCCCCACAGUGGCCAAGAGACACUGGUUUCCGACCCUCCUUCGCCUGGUCCACGGCCAACCCUGGCCUUUGCCCCUGAGGGCGGACAUGCUUUCGCAAGCAGGGGGGCAGAUCUGGCAUCCCAAUCCAGCUGUUAUGCAGUUGUGGGCUUGGCCCCUCCUCAGCCCAUCACUCAGGACCUGAGUGAGGCUGUCCUGGAGACUAUAGGCAAUGCCAGAGCUCCCUCCACACGUGCCAAUUACAAACAAAGAUGGAAGUUGUUUGUGUCAUGGUGCCACGAUAAGGGGCUUGAUCCGGUCACCUGUUCGGUGGCUUCGGUGCUCCACUUCCUCCAGCCCCUACUGGAUGCAGGUAGGGCAGCCAGCACCCUGAGAGUUUACACCGUGGCUAUAUCAGCCUUCCAUGAGACAGUAGGGGGGGGUUUCUAUUGGGAAACACCCCAUGGUGUCCCAAUUUCUGAAAGGUGCUAAUCGUCUUCGUCCAGGCAGGAGUCGGAGGGCUCCUUCUUGGGACCUCCCUUUGGUGUUGAGGUCCUUGGCCGCUACCCCAUAUGAACCGCUGGAGCAGUCGGACUUGAAGCUCCUGUCACACAAAACUGCGUUCCUUCUGGCUGUUUGCUCAGCCAAGAGGGUAAGCGAAUUACAUGCACUGUCCGUAAGUGAGGAGUGCUUGAGAUGGAAAGCAGAGAAUGAAGGGGUGUUCUUGUGGCUGAAUCCUUUCUUCCUCCCCAAGGUGGUGAGUCCUCGGACUGUGAAUCAGGCAAUUGAGAUUAACUCAUUCCGACCUGACCCAGUUUACCAGGGGGGAGUAGCUCUCCAUACUUUGUGUCCAGUCAGAGCACUGAAGGCUUAUGUUGAGCGUACUCAGCCACUGAGACAGGAACACGCCCAGCUUUUUGUGUGUUAUGGCAAUAGGCAGUUAGGCCGCCCAUUAUCUAAACAGCGCCUGUCCCACUGGCUGGUGCAGGCAAUCUCUCAGGCUUACUCCAGCCAGGGUUUCCCAGUCCCUGGAGGUCUAGUGGCCCACUCUACAUGCAGUGUGGCCACCUCAUGGGCAGCUCUUAGAGGAGUUGCUCUUGGAGACAUAUGUGCAGCUGCGUCAUGGAGUACUCCAUGCACGUUUGCCAGGUUUUAUAGGGUCAAUGUGGCAUCUGCUGCACUCAGUGCCACAGUCCUUAUGUCAGCUACUGGACAGGUCAGUGAGGGGGUGAACUCCUCCAUUGAAGACCAUGGUGAUGGUCAGAGUGAGGUCGAAAUAGAUCGUAAGUUAUGUACAUAACUAUGGAUCUAUGAGACCGAACGAUGACCGUCACCAUCGCUUGUCGCUCAGAACGGGCUGAGGCGUUCCAGGCAAGAGGAAGAGGCAUUGCCACCGGAUGCUUUAUAACCUACAACCAGCCUCUUAAGGUCAGUCACAUGACUUUGUUGUUAUUAUGGUCUCGCAGAUAGGUAGAAGGAUGGCAUCAUUCAAGGUGAAGACCGUGGUGACGGUCAUCGUUUGGUCUCAUAGAUCCAUAGUUAUGUACAUAACUUACGUUACCUUCUCUGAAAGUGAAAGAAAGAAUCAUUCCAACAGAAGUUUUGAUGACUGUCAUCAACAAUGAAAUGCACAGAACCUACAUGCAAAAAAUAGACUUCAAACACUGACCUUAACCAAAGAACGUUAAUAUUAACACACACUCACAAAAUGUUGAACUGUAAAGUUACUCUUUUUAGCAGAGAGAAUACUAGACAUUAAUCAGUAACAGUUUUUGUGGUGUUACAUUAACUGAGAUAAGUAAACUUAAUUUCAUCUGCUGGCUUCUGAGCUAUCAACACACCAAGACGCCUAACACUCCACCACAUUAUUGCAGUUAUGCUAACCAUUCACUUCACACACUGACAUUAACUCACACAAGGUAAUAUUAACUUCAGCUAACACUACAAUAAAGUUACAAGGUUAACGUUACUCCUCUUUUAUGUAAUAUUUGCCAAAUGUUGACAUGUAUGCAAUUAGCUAAUAU